UCCGUCUCCCUGCCAGUGCGCCGCACCCGCACAGCUCCCGCACGGGCGCACGGCCGCACCCCCAGAUCCCCCGUCGCUGCCGCUGCGCCGCCCGCACCCCUCGCCCCCUCGCCCGCGCGCGCACCCCCAGAUCCCCCGUCGCUGCCGCUGCGCCGCCCGCCCCUCGUCCCACCGCCGGCCGCCCGCGCCCGUCGGCCGUCGCCCCCUCGCCCGAGAGCGCCCCGCCGCCCGCGCCCCUCGCCGGCUCGCCCCCGAGCGCCGCCGCCCCCCAGUCCUUCGGUGUUCUGUCACUGUUGCUCGGGUUUCGGGGGCGGGUGCACGUUAUCACCCGAACCUCAGUUCGGGUUCGGGGCGGGUUUUAUUCUCGGGUUUCGGGGGCGGGUCCGCGGAAGCUCCACCCGACCCCGACCCUAGGCUCUGCUACUCGCGAAACCACGGCAAGGAGGCACCAGACAUGGCCGGCGCCCGCGCGACGCCGACGCGGACACCGCCGCGCCCCUCUUCGCCGGCGCCCCGUACCGAGGCGGUGGUCCCGCCGGACUGGGCCUCCGCUGUGACGCUCGUCUCCUCCGACCCCACGCCUCCGGUCGUCGUCGUGUGCGGGCCCAAGAACAGCGGCAAAUCCACCUUCUCUCGCAUCCUCCUCAACGCGCUGCUCCCCAGGUACGGGAAGGUUGGUUAUCUGGACACCGACGUGGGGCAGCCGGAGUUCGCGCCCCCGGGAUGCCUCUCGUUCCACGUCGUCGAGGAAGCUAUAGCAGAUUUGCUGAACCCAACUCUACGGGAAGCUGAAAGGUGCUGCUUCUUUGGUGACAUUUCUUCGAAAAGAGAUCCAGAAGCAUAUCUGAAUUGCCUAUUCCAUUUGUACGAUUGCUUCGUUGGAAAAUAUCGGUGCAACGAGAAUGAAAUGGUGCCUCUAAUUGUCAACACUCCUGGCUGGGUAAAAGGUGCUGGUUUUGAUAUGCUUGUAGAGAUGCUAAGAUAUAUCUGCCCCACAAUUGUUGUUCAGAUACGCAUCACAAUGGAGAGCAAGAAUCUCCCUGAUGGAAUGUUUUGGCUAGAUGGUGAGCAAACAGGGCCUAAGAUGAUUAACAUCAACGCUGCAUUUCGUGAUGCCUCGAAUAGAUCGUUGUUAAUUAUGAAAGAUUCCUGUGCGACGCGUGAACGUCAGCUUGUAGAGUACUUGAAGCGAUGUUUUCCAAGCAACAUAUCUCUAUCAACUAAUAAGGAACUUGCGUAUGCCCUAGCUUCACUUCCACCUUAUCAAGUACCAUUUUCAGAUGUUACAGUUAUGCAUCUUCAUCACGAGGUACCUGCUGGUGAGAUAUGGCGUUGUCUGAACGCAACAAUAGUUGGUUUGGCAGUUUCCAGUGCAUCUGAGGCCACAAGAUCAACCCCUUACUGCGUUGGGCUAGGCAUCAUAAGAGGCGUUGACGUUCAAAAAGGCCUGUUAUAUGUAAUAACUCCUGUCCCUCUCGAACGUCUGCAAAGUGUAGAUCUCUUGCAGCAGGGAUUCAUUGAGAUACCAACUAGUCUUUUGCAGGUCCGCGGAUAUGUGUCUCCAUACAUGUCGACAAAUGUACUGCACAAGAUAUCAGAAAGGGAUUUGUAUGCUGGUGAUGGUUAGCUCAGGCAGGCACCAUGCUGUGUCCAAAGGAAGGAGAAGAAUGACGGCCCCGCCCAUCACCAAACCUGUUUCUGAUGGUUCCGUACCGGAGAGCAUGAACGCAACUGUAGUGCCAGAUACCAGCUGCCGGUUGCCUCCUAGAUUGAGUCAGCUAGAUUUGUGACCUGUGCGAAUGCCAUGUCAAAUUCGUCAUUGCACUCCUGAUUUUAACUUGCUGGAUACAUUGAAAUUCCAUAUUUUAUGGCAAGUUACUCCUGAUUUUACUUUGAA